AUGUUAACCAUUCGUCCUAGCCGCGAAGUUGAUAUUGCAGCCGUUACUGCAAUCUACAGUUACUAUGUAUUGAAUAGUACAUGUACAUUCGAAAUUACAUCACCUACCAUAGAUCACAUGGCUAGUCGAUGUGAGGAUGUUCUUAAGAAUAAUAUGCCUUAUCUUUUAGCAGAAGAAGCAGAUUCGAUCAUUCGUUAUGCUUACUGUACUUGGUAUAAACCACGAGCUGCUUAUCGUUUCUCUAUGGAGUCAAUGAUCUUUUUUGAUAAAGACAUGUGUGGCAAACAUUAUGGUCGUCUAUUGUUGAAUGCUCUGCUGUCCGAAGCUGAAUUAGUUGGUGUUUGA